CCACUCCCAUCCUCCCCACUCCCAUCCUCCCAACUUCCAUCCUCCCCACUUUCAUCAUCCUCGCUGCCUUUCUCCCCACGCCCAUCCUCUCACUCACAUUCUCCCAACUCCCAUCCUCACCAUAGCCAUCCUCCCCACUUUCAUCCUUCCCACUCCCAUCCUCCCCACUCCCAUCCUGCCCACUCCCAUCCUCCCCACUCCCAUCCUCCCUACUUUCAUCCUCCCACUCAUAUCCUCCCCACUUUCAUCCUCCCAACUUUCAUCCUCCUCACUCCCAUUCUCUCCACUCCCAUCCUCCCCACUCCCAUACUGCCCACACCCAUACUCCCCACUCCCAUUCUCCCCACUCCCAUACUCCCCACUCCCAUACUCCCCACUCCCAUACUCCCCACUUUCCCCACUUCCAUCCUCACCACUCCCAUCCUCCCAACUCCCAUCCUCCAUUUUCAUCCUCCCACUCACAUUCUCCCACUCACAUCCUCCCCACUUCCAUCCGCCCCACUCCCAUCCUCCCACACAUUCUCCCGACUCCCACUCACAUACUCUCCCACUCACAUCCUCCAGACUUCCAUCCUCCCCACUUCCAUCCUCCCCACUUCCAUCCUCCCCACUUUCAACCUCCCACUCAAAUCAUCCCCCUCCCCACUCACAUCCUCCCCACUCACAUCCUCCCCACUCACAUCCUCCCCACUCACAUCCUCCCCACUUCCAUCCUCCCCAUUCCCAUCCUCCCACACAUUCUCCCACUCACAUCCUCCAGACUUCCAUCCUCCCCAUUUCCAUCCUCCCCACUUCCAUCCUCCCCACUUCCAUCCUCCCCACUUUCAACCUCCCACUCACAUCAUCCCCGUUUCCAUCCUCCCCACUCCCAUCCUCCCCACUCCCAUCCUCCCCACUCCCAUCCUCCCCACUCCCAUCCUCCCCACUUCCAUCCUCGCCACUUCCAUCCUCGCCACUUCCAUCCUCAUAUUAAUGACUUACUCAUUUAGACGAGGAACAAGUAAACUACCAAAUCUAUCUAUAAAAAAAUAAUCACAGGUCAGACUUACUUUGGAAAAAAUUUGCACGUAUCCACUAGAAAAAUUCGACAGCCCCUGA